AUGGCAACCCGCGAUCCAGGCGAUAUCGCCGCUGAUGCUCUCAACGACUUCUUCGGCCAACUUUACACCUUCUGCGAGACUAUCUUUACUCGGUUCUUCGGAAACCUCUAUGCCUCCUUCGCUGAUGUGAGCAUCAACCGCUGGACAAAGGUUAUUUUGUCUGUGGUUGGCUACAUUCUCGUCCGGCCAUACAUCGAGCGUUUCUUCAAGUACAUGCACGACCGAGAUCGCAAGAAGCAGAUGGAGAAGGAAAAGGCCAAGAAGGAUGCCAGGAAGGCUAAGGUGUCAGCUAAUGAGCUCCGUGGCGGUGGCGGCGGUGGCAGGGUUCUCGGAGAAGUGGAGAACACGGACGAUGAGAUUGAAGAUGGCGAGGACUUCGCGACGGCGAGCGGCGUGCCUGAGUGGGGAAAGAACGCCCGGAAGAGGCAGAAGAAGUACAUGAAGAACUUGGAGAAGGAGGCUGAGAGCCGGACACACAACCUUUCCGAAGAACAGCUUAUGGAGCUGCUGGAUUGGAGUGAGUCGGAGGAUGAGAAGAGCGCGGGUAAGAAGGAUACUAAUGUUUGCGAUUUUCUCCAUCCUGUUGGUAGUAUGCCCAAGGCCCUUGGAGUUCCAAGUUAUCGGGUCGGAGAGAGAGGCCCAUCUUCUAACGGAUUGAAAGGAUAUGUUACAGUCAAAAAUCCAGAUUCUGGACAACUAAGUAACUUCUCCACUCCCCUGACAGACGAGGCAAAUGCUUUUGCAAAACAAGCCGAGAGUGGUGAUCAAUGGGUCAAUGAUGGCAGGAAGCUGCACCCGGCAUUGGUUUUGAUACAUCUGCCGAUACAGCAUCCGGUACAGUAUCCGAUACACUUCCGAUACAGUCAACUGACUUCGCGUGGGGUAUGA